GUAUUGGAUAACAGAAUUCUGGAUCAUGUUCAAAAUGGAUGCCAGCUUGACCAGCACUAUGGAAGAGUUUCAGGACCUGGUGAAAGCCAAUGGUGAGGAGUCCCACUGCCGCCUCAUUGACACGACGCAAAUUAAUUCUCGAGACUGGUCCAGGAAACUGACUCAAAGGAUAAAGUCAAACACCAGCAAGAAGCGGAAAGUCUCCCUGCUGUUUGACCAUCUGGAACCCGAAGAACUGUCUGAACACCUCACCUACCUUGAGUUCAAGUCCUUCCGAAGGAUAUCUUUCUCUGAUUAUCAAAAUUACCUUGUAAAUAGCUGCGUGAAGGAGAACCCCACCAUGGAGCGGUCCAUUGCCCUGUGCAAUGGCAUCUCCCAGUGGGUACAGCUGAUGGUUCUCAGCCGUCCCACCCCGCAGCUCCGGGCAGAGGUCUUCAUCAAGUUCAUCCACGUGGCUCAGAAGCUCCACCAGCUACAGAACUUCAACACGCUGAUGGCUGUGAUAGGGGGACUGUGUCACAGCUCCAUCUCCAGGCUCAAGGAGACAAGCUCCCAUGUCCCACAUGAGAUCAAUAAGGUUCUGGGUGAGAUGACUGAGCUGCUGUCUUCAUGCAGAAACUAUGACAACUACAGACGAGCCUAUGGGGAGUGCACCCACUUCAAAAUCCCCAUCCUGGGGGUGCACCUCAAGGACCUCAUUUCCCUAUAUGAAGCCAUGCCCGACUAUCUGGAGGAUGGGAAGGUGAACGUCCAAAAGCUCCUGGCCCUUUACAAUCAUAUCAAUGAACUGGUCCAGCUGCAAGAGGUGGCCCCACCACUGGAUGCCAACAAGGACUUGGUGCACCUGCUAACGUUAUCCCUGGAUCUCUACUACACUGAAGAUGAAAUCUAUGAGCUUUCCUAUGCCCGCGAACAGAACCACAGAGCCCCGCCACUAACACCUUCGAAGCCACCGGUUGUAGUGGAUUGGGCCUCCGGAGUAUCUCCCAAGCCGGACCCAAAGACCAUCAGCAAACACGUCCAGAGGAUGGUGGACUCUGUCUUCAAGAACUAUGAUCUCGACCAGGAUGGCUACAUCUCUCAGGAGGAGUUUGAAAAGAUCGCUGCUAGCUUUCCAUUUUCCUUCUGUGUGAUGGACAAAGACAGGGAAGGUCUCAUCAGCAGGGACGAGAUCACAGCCUACUUCAUGAGGGCCAGCUCCAUCUACUCCAAGCUGGGCCUGGGUUUUCCUCACAACUUUCAAGAGACCACCUACCUGAAGCCCACCUUCUGUGACAACUGUGCUGGCUUUCUCUGGGGAGUGAUCAAGCAAGGAUAUCGCUGUAAAGACUGCGGGAUGAACUGCCACAAGCAGUGCAAAGAUCUGGUAGUGUUCGAGUGCAAGAAGCGAGUCAAGAGCCCAGCGGUGUCCAUGGAGAACAUCAGCUCUGUGGUGCCAAUGUCCAACCUUUGCCCACUGGGAACCAAAGAUCUGCUCCAUGCACCUGACGAAGGAUCUUUCAUAUUCCAAAAUGGGGAGGCUGUGGACCACAGCGAGGAGAGCAAGGAUCGGACCAUCAUGCUCCUGGGCGUGUCCUCACAGAAGAUUUCAGUUCGGCUGAAGAGGACUGUUGCCCACAAGACCACCCAGACAGAACCGUUCCCGUGGGUUGGCGGCGAGACGCCUGCCGGUCACUUUGUGCUGUCCUCCCCACGGAAGCCUGCGCAGGAUGCUCUUUACGUGCUCCCCAGUCCCCCGUCGCCAUGCCCCAGCCCAGUGCUGCUCCGGAAGCGGGCUUUCGUCAAGUGGGAGAACAAAGAAUCGCUUAUCAAGCCCAAACAGGAGCUUCACCUCAGGCUCCGGACCUACCAAGAACUGGAACAGGAAAUAAAUACCCUGAAAGCAGAUAAUGAUGCCCUGAAGAUCCAACUGAAGUAUGCACAGAAGAAAAUAGAGUCCCUUCAGCUUGAGAAAAGCAAUCAUGUCUUAGCACAGAUGGAUCGGGGUGAUUGUUCUUAAUCCAGAAAUUCAAGAAGAGAAUCUGUGGACAAGUAUCCUGGGAUCUCACUUCAAAAACUGACUGCAGAGGUUCGGGCAACUUCAGACGAUGUCUUGAAAGGGGGAAAGCCAGCCGCUGUUUCUGGCGUCAUUGUUUUUUACCUAAAAUAUUCUUAAUGUGAGUCAUUGGUUUUCAGUCAGUGGAUCAAUGGGAAGUUCAAGUUUGGUAAAGCUUUGAGCAUUCAUAUUAAAACCCUUUGCUUUCUUUACUGGAACCAAUACCAAACUGUGUGCUAAAAUAAGACCCUAGUUUCCUCAUAGUGUCUCAGGCAGCCCGCUUUACUGAUUUGUAGAUGAAAAGUCCCUGAAGAACCAAUGUGCUGCCUUCCCCAGGGUUUCUGCAAACUUCUACCCAAGUCUGCUCAUCAUGGAAACAAGACCCUGAAAGUGGUGACUUGGACCUGCCUGCAUUGUUUGUGACACUGAUCCCUACCUCACUACCUCAGAUCUGACCAAGAGCCUCCCUCCCUGUCCUUCCUCCCUUGCCCACCCCCCCACCCCCUGACUUCCUCCCUUGCUGGUAGGCAUAUCAGCAUAUCUACCUAGAAGUGAACUCCUAGACAUGUAGCCUGGUUUUAAAUCCAGGGCUUUUUAAUUGAACUUGACAUUAUCCAAUUGCAGGUCAACUCAUAGCCCUAGGUCUUAGUGAUCACGAAAUACAAAACUAAAACUCACCAUCCACAAACAGCAAUUACCAUGCCAUACACAGCUAAUUAGAUAAGACAAAUGACAUAAACGUGUUUGUUCAUAUAUUCUCUAGUGGGUACACUUAAGAACCCGUGACUUUUGAAAAGAAAUGGUCUGUGGACAGUGUUUAAUUCUUUAUGCUCAAGUUUCUCUUUUUAAGUAAACUAUUAUGAGGUUUUCUUUUGAACUGAAUUUGUGCUUAAACUGUUUCACUUUGACUAUCUAGAAAUAAAAUAAUCGAUGUGAGGGCUUUAACAGCUGGUAGCAUGUACAUAUGUAUAGAAUAUGUAUAUACAGUAUCAGGCAUGCAUGUAGCUUGGACUUUCUCCUUUAGAGAAUGCAGAUGUGAAUCAAGUACCUUUUAGUAAUUUACAAAUUCACAAAUACAGUUCUGUUCAUUAGAAGACAAACUGCUAAUGAUGUCAAUUGUAUUGUUUUGCAAAACCAUGUGUAACAGUCUCUGAGUAUUUAUCAUGAAAGUUAAAAAUCAA